UCCCAGAACCAAAGAAUGGGUGACUACAAAUAUCAGGACAGCUAUGAGGGCUAUGCCCCCAGUGAUGGCUACUAUCGUGGCAAUGAGUCCAAUCCAGAAGAAGAUGCACAGAGUGAUGUUACAGAAGGCCAUGAUGAGGAGGAUGAGAUCUAUGAGGGCGAGUAUCAGGGCAUCCCUCACCCAGAUGACAUCAAGGCCAAGCAGGCCAAGAUGGCGCCCUCCAGGGCGGAUGGCCUUCGGGGCCAGGCUGACCUGAUGGCCGAGAGGAUGGAAGAUGAGGAGCAGCUGGCCCACCAGUAUGAGACCAUCAUUGAUGAGUGUGGGCAUGGGCGCUUCCAGUGGACCCUCUUUUUUGUUUUGGGCUUGGCCCUGAUGGCUGAUGGGGUGGAAGUGUUCGUGGUGAGCUUCGCCCUGCCCAGUGCAGAGAAGGACAUGUGUCUGUCUAGUUCCAAGAAAGGGAUGCUUGGACUGAUAGUCUACCUAGGAAUGAUGGGGGGAGCCUUCGUCCUGGGGGGCCUGGCUGACAAGCUGGGGAGAAAGCGAGUCCUCAGCAUGUCCCUGGCCAUCAAUGCCUCCUUUGCCUCCCUCUCCUCCUUCGUACAGGGAUAUGGAGGCUUCCUCUUCUGCAGACUCAUCUCAGGCAUAGGGAUUGGGGGUGCUCUGCCCAUUGUUUUUGCCUAUUUUUCUGAAUUCUUGUCCCGGGAGAAACGGGGCGAGCAUCUCAGUUGGUUGGGGAUCUUCUGGAUGACUGGGGGCAUCUAUGCAUCUGCCAUGGCCUGGAGCAUCAUCCCACACUACGGCUGGGGCUUCAGCAUGGGUACCAAUUACCACUUCCACAGUUGGAGACUGUUUGUCAUUGUCUGCGCUCUGCCCUGCACUGUGUCCAUGGUGGCCCUGAAGUUCAUGCCAGAGAGCCCGAGGUUUCUUCUAGAGAUGGGCAAACAUGAUGAAGCCUGGAUGAUUCUCAAGCACGUCCACGACACCAACAUGAGGGCUAAGGGAGCCCCGGAGAAGGUGUUCACGGUUUCCAACAUUAAAACUCCCAAGCAAAUGGAUGAAUUCAUUGAGAUCCAGAGUUCGACAGGAACUUGGUACCAGCGCUGGUUAGUCAGAUUCAAGACAACUUUCAAGCAGGUCUGGGAAAAUGCUCUGUACUGUGUGAUGGGGCCCUACAGGACGAACACACUGAUUCUGGCUGUGGUCUGGUUCACCAUGGCUUUAAGUUACUAUGGACUGACAGUUUGGUUCCCUGAUAUGAUCCGGUAUUUUCAAGAUGAAGCAUACAAGUCCAAAAUGAAGGUGUUUCACGACGAGCACGUGUACGGUGUCACAAUCAACUUCACGAUGGAAAAUCAGAUUCACCGACAUGGGAAGCUUGUGAAUGACAAGUUCACAAAGAUGUGCUUUAAACAUGUGCUCUUUGAGGACACCUUAUUUGAUGAAUGCUAUUUUGAAGAUGUUACAUCGACUGAUACCUAUUUCAAAAACUGCACCAUUGAAUCGACCAUCUUUUAUAACACAGACCUCUACCAGCAUAAGUUCAUCAACUGUCAUUUUAUCAACGUCACCUUUCUGGAGCAGAAGGAGGGCUGCCGCGUGGACUUAGAGGAGGAUAACGACUUCCUGAUUUACCUCGUCAGCUUCCUUGGCAGUCUGUCUGUCUUGCCUGGGAACAUCAUUUCUGCCCUGCUCAUGGACAGAGUCGGAAGGCUCAAGAUGAUCGGUGGUUCCAUGCUCAUCUCAGCCGUCUGCUGCUUCUUCCUGUUUUUUGGCAACAGUGAGUCCGCGAUGAUCGGCUGGCAGUGCCUGUUUUGCGGGACCAGCAUUGCCGCCUGGAAUGCUCUGGAUGUGAUCACAGUGGAGCUGUAUCCCACCAACCAGAGGGCAACAGCCUUUGGCAUCCUCAAUGGAUUAUGCAAAUUUGGAGCCAUCCUGGGAAACACCAUCUUUGCUUCUUUUGUUGGGAUCACCAAAGUGGUCCCCAUCCUUCUGGCUGCCACUUCCCUCGUUGGGGGUGGCCUGAUUGCUCUUCGACUGCCGGAGACUCGAGAACAGGUCCUGAUGUGAACAGCCUACAGGGAAAGGAAAUGUUGGAAGAACCUCAUCCAGGAAC